GGUGGAUUAACAUGCCCACUCUGCCUUCGGAACAUUCCGAGGUCCUAAGGCUUGAAGCGAGCCUGUCCCGUUGAGAUCACGUGAUCAAUGUUCCAGUCACGUGUUAUCCCGCUUGAAAGGGAUGGAUCGGACUUUAUUGGAGGAGUGACGUGAUGACGUCACUCGUGCGCCUCAGAAAUUGGAGUCAAAUGUAAAUGUGACAUUCACUGACCCCGCGACAGAAACGCGACCCGCUGCGAGGGGAAGAUGGGACUGACAUAAAAUGGCUACCAACUCCACCACCACCACCAUCAUCAUCAACAGCAGCAGCAUCAUCUCGAUGUUCCUCGCCAAUAGAAGCGCCCCAUCAGAAGCCCGCCCUCUAGUGCCCAAACCCGACGGCUGGCGUGUUGUGCGCAUGCGUGGGGAGGCUGCCGCUGCGCUGCUUUUUUAUUGAAACAAAUUUCUUUUUUUUUUUUUAAGGAAAAUGGCGUCUGGUCAGGGCGGAGCUGCUGCUGCUCCCCAAAGCCAUGUCCUCGCUAGUGGCCCACACUGGAGCCCGGGUCUGAGCCUCUAUCAGCACCAGCACCAGCAGCAGCACCAGCAGCAGCAGCAGCAGCACCUGACGGCCCGCAGUCUGGACCGGGCUCUGGAGGAUGCUGUGUGCUCCGGGAUCCUCAACCUCAGCGGGAGGAAGCUGAGGGAUUACCCGGGGUUGAGCUACGACCUGACGGACACCACACACGCAGAUCUGUCCAAGAAUCGUUUGUCAGAAAUCCCUCCAGAUGUUUGCCUCUUUGCUCCGUUGGAGUCUCUGAAUCUUUAUCACAACUGCAUCAAGUUCAUCCCUGAAGGCAUUAUCAACCUGCAAAUGCUGACCUACCUGGACAUCAGUCGGAACCUUCUGUCAGUUUUACCAAAAUUUCUCUUCAACCUGCCACUGAAAGUUCUGCUGGUCAGCAACAACAAGCUGGUGUCCAUCCCUGAGGAGAUCGGCCGAGCCAAAGACCUGAUGGAGCUGGACAUCAGUUGCAAUGAGAUCCAGCUACUGCCGGCUCAGGUGGGGAGACUUCAGGCUCUUCGGGAACUCAACAUCAGGAGGAACUGCCUGGAGCUGCUGCCUGAGGAGCUCGCCGACCUCCCGCUGACGCACCUUGACUUCUCCUGCAACAAGAUCACAGAGAUCCCUGCUGCCUACCGGAAGCUGCGGCAGCUACAGCACAUUGUCCUGGACAACAACCCGAUGCAGUCCCCGCCCGCUCAGAUCUGCUUGAAGGGCAAAGUCCACAUCUUCAAGUAUCUGAAUAUGCUGGCUUGUCGGGCCGAGAAGAAACCCGACACCCUGGAUCUGCCCACGCUAGGCAAGCGCUGCCUCCCCCAGCCACUCACCGACAGCAUUGAGGACUUCUACCCCGGGAAGACUCACGGUCCAGACUCUGGCAUUGGAAGUGACAAUGGAGAGAAGCGGCUGUCCACCACAGAGCCCUCGGACGACGACACGGUCAGCCUGCACUCUCAGGUGUCGGACCCGGCCCGGGCCGACGCCCCCUCGCUCCUAACGCGCGCAGAUGCGUGCAAAGAUCAGGAUCUCUGUGACUUCACAGAUGCCAGCGCCGAGCCGGAUCCUGCUCUGUCAGAGUGUGACGGACAGCUCGUCACCCCAGGGGCCUGCAUCAAGGAGCUGGAAAAGGUUCUGAACUUGUCUCAGCAGAGCAAAGAGAGGGAGAGCUGGCGGGAGGAGUCCGGCUCUGACAAGGAGCUGCUGUGUGAGGAGGAGGACGAGGAGCUCAGGGAGGUUCUGGACCUGAGGAAGAUCGCGGUCCAGCUCCUGCAGCAGGAGCAACAGAACCGACGUCGAUCUUUGAUCUGCCGAGCCGAGAGUCUGAUCCACAGACGGCGUGUCACCGGCCGUGCUCACAGGUUCCUGAGUCACUCUGGGAAUUCCAGUAGCAAACCUCGUCCUCCAGCUCAAGCUGCCCGCAGUGCAUCCCUAGAUGAGGGCAGCAGUGGAGCCUCGGUUCUGACAGGCCAGCCUCCGUCCUCCUGCUCCUUCGACGGCAGCCUGAAGUCUGAUCGUUCAGAUUUGGAGCCAAAGUGGCCUGAAGUCCUGCCGGUCCUCCACCAGAGCGAUGAGCGGCGCAGAAACAAGUACCUGAGGAAGGACUACCUGAAGCACAAGUGUCAGAGCGCGCGCAGGAGCUCGAGCGUGGACGACUGCGAGGAUGGGCUGAGGAACUCUGACUUUAGCACCACACUGACGGUGUUUGGACUCAAACCUCGAUCAGCCUUCACCCGAGGAAGUCGGCAGGACUUCAGCGCCAACGAUCCAAGCUUCACAAUGAGGCGGAAGAUGGAGAACCUGAUGGAGGAGAUCGAGCAGAUCGGACUGCUGCGGCAGAACAUCGAGUCCAGGUUGAAAGUUCUUCUCCCUGAUGACGUUGGCGCAGCUCUGAUGGAUGGCGUGGUCUUGUGUCACCUGGCUAACCACAUCAGUCCUCGGUCCGUGUCCAGCAUCCACGUUCCUUCUCCUGCAGUGCCCAAACUCAGCAUGGCCAAGUGCCGCAGGAACGUGGAGAACUUCCUGGACGCCUGCAAGAAGAUGGGAGUUCCUCAGGACCAGUUGUGUCUCCCCCAUCACAUUCUGGAGCAGCGAGGCCUGGUGAAGGUGGGCGCCACAGUGCAGGCCCUGCUGGACCUACCUGCCACACAGCUGUCAUCCAUCUGACCCCGUCCAGCAGCAGACGCACUGUUCCGUCCCAUACAACCCUCCUCCAGGGUUCGGAGGCCCCUGCAUUUCCUCUUUUCCUGAGGGCGAGGACCCAGGAGACUGACCGGUCCCGACUGACUGGCGGGUGCAGUACCGCCCUGUGCCACAUGAUGUCAUCCUGUCUUCUUCGCUGUCUCCCAGAAGCUUCCUCCGUUCUUCUGCUUGGCUGGAUCUUAUGGAGUCGCCCAGUACCAGACCUGUUCCCUGUGUGUCACUCGGCGUCAGCAAACUGUAAACAUGUAAAUUGCCGCAGCCAGAAUCCAUUUGUGGCUAACCAGAAGUGUCACACUGCCACCUGCCUGCAGGCAGAGCAGCUGCAUCCUGGACCACUGUGAUGGCAAGCCAAAUGACGACUUACGAUGGGCCACGUGACGAGUUUGUCGUCUGAACUCGUCACGUGACCUCGAGUGUCAACGUAGCUUUUUCGUCUGAAAGAUCUUUUUCUAAUUCUUCAGUUCACAGCACACUUCAUCGUAGCUGUGGCCGUCCAAACGUCACAAGAUCCGACCGCCAUGCUUCAGGGAACUUUCUGCUCGCUCUUUGUUCUGUCUUCCACCUUGGUGACGUGGAGCUGAGAUUGUGAUUCUGAAGCAGUUUUCUUUGUUGUUAGCGACGGGUUCGCCGAACGCUAACAAAUGUUGGGCCGUAUCACCUUUCCGGAAGCGAAGUAGCGUUCCUGGACUACAAAAGCUAGCAGAGCUAGCUUCACAUUAAAACACUCAGCACUUCCUAUUGAAAACCUUUGACCUGCGAGGGCGCCGCUGAUAACUGUGUUAGCAUGCUACAUGAGAGCAUCAUAUUGACGUGAUGCUGACUGAAGUUGAUCACAUGGUGUGAUGAUGUCGCCGCUGAAUGUUCCGGACGCUCAUCACCACCUAUGCAGAUGACACUGUGACUUGCUCGCCACGGACGCUCAGACGAAACCCGGUGGGUCCAGACGGGUCUGGACUCAGACUGUUGUAACAUAUACACACUUUUUAACUUUGUACUGCACGAGUGUGUGGACACACGCUUAUUAAAGUG